AUGGCGGCUAGCAAAGGCAUUCGAUUGACUGAACAACAUCUCAAGCUUAUCUACGACACAUUUCUCUUGCUCGAUGAUGAUAAGGAUGGAUUAAUAGAUAAGAAUCAGUUUUUUACGCUUUUUCGCGCCUUAGGGCAGACUGUCUCAGAUGCAAGUCUAUCGAAGAUAUUUGCAGCUGCACUUGCAGAAGAAGAGAAAAAUGCUAAAAGUAAAUCAACAGACCCAACUGCAAAGAAAGCAGCAGCAGCAGGAGCAGCAGCAGGAGCAGCAGCAGGAGCAGCAGCAGGCGCAGCAGGAGCUGCGAAAGCAGCAGCACCGACAGCUUCUCCCGAAGGAGUGUCGUUUCAGCAAUUUGCACGGACAUUUGCGGAGACAUAUCAAAAGCCUUUGACAGAAUCUGCGCUAAUAAAUGCAUUUAAUGUCUUUGAUGCAAACAAUACUGGGAAGUUAACUCAAACUCAGCUGCACGAAAUACUUACAAAACGAGGAGAGGCGCUAACUAAAGAAGAAGUAGAAGAGUUAAUGCUGCUGGCUGCCUUAGGGCAUGCAAAAGAAACAGAUUAUGCUCUACUUGCUAAAAGGUUGGUGAAGGGCCCCGCAGGUAUAUCUACAAUCGACUCUACUUAA